AUGGGGAGCGUCUGGAAGCGGCUGCAGCGCGCGGGGAAACGCGCGGCCAAGGUUCGCUUCGAGGCCACCCUGGAGGAGCUGCUGCUGGACGGGGGGGGCAGCUGGUGGCAGCCGGGCAUCCAGGACCCGCGGCGGGGGAUGGUGGUCUGGGUGGUGCCCGAGACCCUCGAGGUGGUCGUGACCCUGUACCGGGACCCCCAGGCCGCCGCCUUCGAUGACAAAACCUGGAACUUCCUCGUGGUCAACGAGUCGCGGGGCCGGGGCUCGGUGGUGGCCGCGGCCCCGCUGGAGCUGGGGCGCCUGGCGGGGGUUGGGGACACCGCCGUGUCCCUGUCCCUGCGGCCCCGCAGCCGCAAGGUGACAACGGCCACGCUGCGGCUGCGGCUGCGCGGGCUCGUCCUGAUGGAGGGACACCCCACGGACGAGGACAUGCAGAGUGUCACCAGCCUGAGCCCCCCCGGGGACGUGGCCGACCUGGGGGACUUUGAGAGUGACCCCGAGGACGAGGGGGGGGCGCACAGGGCGGGGGGCGCCCCCCCCGCGCCCCGAGCGCCCCCCCCCAGCAGGGACCCCUCCAAUUUGGGGACACGGAGGGACCCCCCAGAGCCGGGGGGGGACCCAGAGACCCCCCCCGGGAUCAGCGCGGACCCCCCCGGGGGUCGUGGGGCGCUCCUGGCCUGGUGCCGGGGGGUCACGGCCGGGUACCCGGGGGUCUCCGUCACCGAUUUCGGGGGGUCCUGGAGCAGCGGGUUGGGGUUCUGCGCCCUCCUGCACCGGCUGAGACCCCGCGAGAUUGAUUUCAGAGCUCUGGACCCCCGGGACCACUGGGGCAACAACAAACGGGCCUUCGACGCCUUCGCUGCCCUGGGGGUUCCGCGGCUCCUGGACCCCUCGGACAUGGAGACCCCCGACAGCCUCGGGGUCAUGACCUUCCUCAGCCAGGGUGACGUCGGGACCCCCCCCGCCCCUCCCCCCCCAGAGACCCCCAGGGAGACCCCGGAGACCCCCGAGGAGGAGAGCGGGGGACACGGACAGUGGGUGGCGGCCGAGCUGCUGGCCCUGGAGCAGGAGCAGGCCCGGCUGGACGCUCAGGCCCCGGCGCGGGAGCGGGAGCGGCGCUGGAGCGGGAACUGCGCGAGCUGA